AUGUCGGUCGUCUAUUUGCCACCCACUAUCGCUCUGAAAUCAAACUGGUUCAACUUGUACUUGAACUACAGCGAUGAUUCCUAUUCCUCGACGCAAGGUUUCGUCAAAUUCAACGGAUCCAAUGUCUUCAGCCCGUUAGCCAAGUUCGAAGUGGUGUCGGCCAAUACCGGGACGGGACGAGUACAUCUCAGAUGCCGGGCGAACAAGAAGUUUCUGCGGAGGAAAGAUUCAACUUCUGUAUUCAUUACUCCGGAGGCAGAUGAAGCAGAGGAGGACACAGCCAAAUGGGGGUGUACACUGUUUGAGGCUCGAGAAGUUGAAGCUGGCAACACCACCCUAAUCAAUUUGUUCCAUGUCCAAUCACAAUACUAUACAAAUGCCUGGGAUGUUAGUGGAAUCAGGUCCUUGAGAUUAAAUUCUGUCGGUCCGAAUUUUCAGGGUAGGUAUAAUAUCUUAGACCUGGAGUCAAUGGUGAUAUUGCCGAAGCAUGUGGCUUUCAAAGGCAAAUCCGGCGAUUACCUUAGGAUGGUGGAGUUUUCAAAUUCGUUGCAGCCGACCUUUACAUCCACUGACAAGGGGCGUCCGGGGUCGUGGUUCGUGACCUCUACAGAUGGUGAUGGAAGGGUUCAAAUUAUGUCGUUCUACAACAACAAAUACCUAAGGCACAACAGUGCUGACAACUGGAUUCUCGCUGACUCUGCCGGCGAUGCCACCGACCUGUCCACCUGGUUUUGGCCAAUCAAGCUCAACAGUAGUACUCUCGCUAUCAAAAGCUUGAACAACGGCAAAUUUGGUCAACAAUACACCGCCGGUGGUAUAACAUACGGUUUCAGAGCAGUCAACCCCACCACUAAUGACUGGACUCGCUUCACUCUAGAAGAACUCGUGCUCUCUAGGAGAAUCUACAAUACUGAUUUUGACCUGAAGAACGCCAUAAUAUAUGGCGAGACUCCUCUCACCAUGGCCAACGGAGACGCCACCAACGACACCUCUGCGGACAACACCUUGGCAAUUAAGUUGACGUACAGGGAGAGUAGGAGCAGCACGUGGAAAUCCAGCCACUCAUGGAUGGUUGGCGUCAGUGUCACCACCAGCUUCAAAAUUCCGUUCAUCGGCGGUACUGAUGUCACUGCUACCGCGGAGUAUUCCGGAUCCUACGAGUGGGGAGAAACUAUUACCUCCGAAAAUACUGUCGAGACCACCUACACGGCUAUAGUGCCGGCAUACACUAGAGUACAAGUGAGAUUGUUGGCAACCAAGGGAAAUUGCGACGUGACUUACUCUUAUUAUCAGAGAGACCUGCUUUAUAACGGCCAAACCGUAAUCUAUAAGAAAGAUGACGGGUUGUACACGGGUGUAAACUCAUAUAACUUCCAUUACGAGGUUACAACUGUGAAAACGGAUAGAUCUGGAGCUGAUUUGGUCGAGACCACAACAGUACGAAAGAUACCAGCGCCGGAAUUGACUGGACCAACCAUUGUGCCAAUCCCAGUGACCUCGACCACCAGCCUGCAGUUAGAAGAGGAGAUUGUCCAAGAAGCAGUAGCUAUGCCAUUGGAGGCCAACCAAGAAGGUGAAGAAACCCUAGCUUGA